AACAUAUUGAUCAUCUCUUGUCUUGCAUGCAUCAAAAUUCAUUUGCAUCCACUAAAUCUAAAGUGAAUUCCUGGCUUCGUCAGACUACUGCCCAUCAAGUCUAGCCAUUUGAAGAGUCUCCUCUACAUUCCUCUAGCGGUCCCUGAAAACCAACCUAAGAUGUCAUUUCAACAAUAACUACCAAACACCAGCAGACAUUCAUAUAUUCCAUUGUCCCUGCAUCUUUUUACAUUCACAGACGAUUCCAUCUGAAAGUGUCUCAUUAUUCUUACAAUUUCCUAUUUUUUAACAUCCCUCUAUAUUUCAAGUACAAACUGUCUACCAUUAAAUAGUCAUGGCUAAAGUUCAUAAGGUAACCCUGCAGCCUCUUUUGAAAACUUUCGCGUUCUUCAUUUUCCCUUCUAUUAUCUGUGGUUUGUCACUUGAUGGUGAAAUUUUACUUUCUUUCUCCAAAAACUGGGUUUCAUCUUCUUCUUCAUUUAAAUCUACUUGGAAUUCGUCCGAUUCAAAUCCUUGUAACUGGGAAGGAGUUGCAUGUAACCAUAAACAAAAAAUAAGCUCACUUGUUUUACCUGGUUCUGGUAUUUCUGGUCAACUAGGUCCUGAAAUUGGGCAGUUGGCAUCUAUUGAGAUCCUUGAUCUUAGUGGCAAUUAUUUUGAUGGUGAGAUUCCUAAUGAAAUAGGUAACUGUAGAAAUCUCAUACACUUAUCAAUGUAUAACAAUUCACUGAGUGGAGAGAUACCAGAGUCAAUGUCUAUGAUGUCAAAUUUGGAAUCAGUUUUUUUAUCCUCUAAUCAGUUAACGGGUUCGAUUCCAUCUAAUAUAGGGAACAUGAGAAAUCUUGCUUCUUUGUGGUUGUAUUCAAACAAAUUGUCCGGGCCUAUACCUUACACAAUUGGAAAUUGCACCAAACUGACAGAAAUUUAUCUUGAAGAGAACAAUUUGGCUGGUGUUCUGCCUCAAAGUUUGAAUAAUCUUAAGCUUCUGUAUGCUUUUGAUGUGGGUAACAACCAUCUAGAAGGUAGAAUUUCCAAAGGUUUAUUUGGUAGUAACUGCAAGAAACUGGUCAGCUUGGAUUUGUCUUCCAACAAUUUUACUGGAGAAAUUCCUAUUGAAUUGGGGAAUUGUAGUCGUUUACAGGUUUUUACAGUGGCAGAUAAUAAGCUAACUGGUCGAAUCCCGUCAUCGCUUGGUUUAAUGACUGACCUUUCGGAGCUUUAUCUUUCUGAAAAUCUCUUAUCUGGGAGUAUACCAGCCGAGAUUGGAAAAUGUAGAUCCUUGAAAGCGUUUGAAGCAAGUUACAACCAUCUUGAAGGGGAACUUCCAACUGAAUUAGGCCUAUUAAGCAAUUUACGAACACUUCAUCUCUACGUGAAUAAGAUAAGCGGCGAGAUCCCAUUAAGUGUUUGGAGGAUUCAAACUCUAGAGACGUUACUUGUUUAUAAUAACAGCCUCUCAGGUGAAUUACCGAUAGAGAUGACUGAGCUUCAUUAUCUGACAAAUAUUUCCGUUUUCAACAACCAGUUUUCGGGCAUCAUACCACAAGGUUUGGGGUUCAAUAGUUCUUUGCUGGAACUUGAUUUCACAAAUAAUAAUUUCUCUGGUGAAAUCCCCCCGAAUCUUUGCUCUGGGAAAAAACUGCAUGGUCUGAUGUUGGGACUAACUCAGCUUCAUGGUAAGAUACCUUCUGAUGUCGGCAAGUGUUCAACUUUGAAGAGGUUGAUCCUUCAGCAAAAUAAUCUCACCGGCCUCCUUCCGGAUUUUGUAGAAAAUUCAAGCUUGUCUUUCAUGAAUAUUAGAAGAAAUAGUUUGAGUGGAGAUAUUCCUUCAAGUUUGGGGAACUGUCUUAAUCUUACUUCUAUUAACUUGUCUAUGAACAAACUUUCUGGGCUUAUACCUAGAGAGAUUGGUUUUCUUGUUGAGCUGCAGGUUUUAGAUCUUUCUGAUAACAGUUUGCAUGGUCCAUUGCCUCAAGAAAUGUCGAAUUGCGGAAAAUUAGAUUUUCUUAAUGUGGGUUUCAACAAAUUAAAUGGCUCAAUCCCAUCUAGUUUAAAGACCUUGACUCUAUUAUCCACCUUGAUCAUUCAAGAAAACCAGUUCUAUGGAGAGAUUCCUGAUUUCUUAUCAGAUUAUGAACAGCUUCGGGACUUGCAACUGGGUGGAAAUCUGUUCGGAGGUUCUAUCCCUCAAUCGUUUGGAAGGUUGCAUAACUUGGCCCAUGCUUUGAAUCUCAGUAGAAACAAACUUACUGGAGAAAUUCCUGGAGAGCUGGGGAAGUUGAGCAAGCUUCAAAGACUGGAUAUAUCUGUGAACAAUUUGACGGGAAGUUUGGCACCAGUAAGUGAUCUCCUUUCAUUGUUCGAGUUGAAUGUUUCAUAUAAUUCUUUCAGCGGUCAAAUACCACAGGCGUUGAUGAAGUUCUUGAGCUCUGCUCCAUCUUCAUUCUCGGGAAAUCCAGGCCUUUGCAUUCCUUGUCAGCUGGGAACCGAAAUACCUUGUCCCGAAAGCAGUAACAGUUUGCUUAUCUGUGGAGAUCGAUCAAGAAUUCUCAGCAGCCUUAGCAUAGUAAAGAUUAUAAAUCAUAGCUAUUUUCUCUGUAUGUUUCGUCAUCUUGGUUCUUGUGUAGGGCUGUAAGUUUCUCCCUAACAGAAAACAGCAAUCAAAGGAAGAAGUAGUCUGCUGAAAAUGAUGAAUCUCCUUUAGUACGCAGUAUAUUAGAUGCUACAGAUAAUCUGAACGAGAGAUUUGUCAUAGGACGAGGAGCACAUGGAAUUGUUUAUAAGGCGUCAAUUAAUGAGGAGGAACAUUAUGCAGUAAAGAAACUUGAUUUUGUAGGUUGGAAGGGAGCCAGUGCAAGUAUGGUUAGAGAAAUCCAAACUGUUGGUACAAUUAGACACCGAAAUCUAGUAAGGAUAGAAGAAUCUGCAUGACAAAGGAUUACGGGUUGAUCUUGUACAAGUACAUGCAGAAUGGUAGUCUCAAUAAUACUCUGCAUGAGAUUAGUCCGCCUCCAGUUCUCCCAUGGGAUGUUCGUUAUAAUGUAGCUCUAGGUACUGCUGAAGGUUUAACGUAUCUUCACCAGGACUGCUAUCCUGCUAUUGUGCAUCGAGAUAUUAAGCCUAAUAACAUACUUCUGGACUCGGAUAUGGAAGCCCAUAUCUCUGAUUUCGGCAUUGCAAAACUCAUGGAUCAAUCUUCUGCUUCCAUUCAAUCAAUCUCGAUUGCGGGUACCACUGGAUACAUUGCACCAGAAAAUGCAUUCUCAACGAUAAUGAAACCAGAAUCAGAUGUUUACAGUUACGGAGUAGUUCUACUUGAAUUGUUAACUAGAAAGAAGGCUGUAGACACUUCAUUUCCUGAAGGAACUGACAUAGUGAGGUGGGUGAACUCUACAUGGAUCAACGACCAAUCUAUUGAAAACAUCCUGGAUUCAAGCAUCUUGGAUAAAAUCAGGGGUUCUAGGUCACUAACAGAAGAAGUGACAAAAGUACUCUUGCUGGCUUUACAAUGUACAUGAACUGACCCAAACGAGAGACCUACCAUGCGGGACGUGGUGAAAGUGCUGAAAGGUGCAAAUAGCAGGGGGAAAUCAUAGUAAAAGAAGCUACUGGUUUGUUUGUUAGUAGUUUCUUCUUAUAUCAUUUCCAGUUUCUAGCAAUUUAGACAUAAGUCCUGAUAAACCAGUGCGUAAACCAAUGUCAGUUGCAAGGCAUCUCAGGUUGAAUGCAACUUUUGGGGAUCAGAACCGGCCGUAUGCAAACGUUGUUGUGGAAAACAAUCCUCAACUCCAGCUCCUAAACCCAUAACAUGGAAUCAAUGUCCAGCUGGAGAAAUAAACAAGUAUAAGUUCCUACAUAAUUCGCCGAUUAAUUGCAC